CGAUUGUACUGCCGAUGAUUUUCAAGAGGAAUGCCUACGACAGCAUAACUACUAUCGAUUGUUACAUCAAAACACACCGACACUUAAAUUAGAUACCGAUACAAUAAACUAUGCGAAAAGUCGGUGUCAAAAGGUAUCGAAAAAAUGCCGGGACUGAGUGGCGGCCACUCSGGUAUCGAUAGCCGACACGGAGAGAACCUGUAUUGGGUGGGAAGUUCCAUACUAUUGAAACCUAACUGUUCCCAUGCAGUUASCUCAUGGUACAAUGAAAUUGCAAACUAUAAUUUCAAUGAUCACGGCUACAGUUCAAAGACAGGCCAUUUUACUCAAUUGGUUUGGUCAUCGACUACAAGUGUCGGAUGCGCCUCCUGUGCCGGUAAAUCGGAUCAGGGCUACUAUGAACUGUAUAUUGUAUGCAAUUACCUGUCGAUGGGCAACAUUAUCGGUACAUUUGACGAUAAUAUUCAUCCGAUUAUUGGCGGCAGCGAUAGUCAACCGAUGAUGACUACUACYACMACAACAACAACACCUAAAUAUAGCAAUGARUGGUUUGAUUAG